AUGCCGACGCCAUCGUCUUUGGCGACAAAUCAAAAUGGAGGAUUUUUGUAUGCGAAUUGGAUGGAAAUGCAAAAAUCCAGUAUGGGACAUCAGCAUUUUUUGUCCUUUGGAUAUCAUGGUUCUGGCUUGACACACAAACCAGUGAGCAGUAAACGGACACGCAAACCCGGUAUCGAUCGCAAGCCACGACAGGCAUACAGCGCAAAGCAAUUGGAACGGCUGGAGAACGAAUUUAAAAACGACAAAUAUUUGUCAGUCAGCAAACGCAUGGAGUUGUCAAAAAUGCUGAAUCUCACAGAAGUACAAAUCAAGACGUGGUUUCAAAAUAGAAGAACCAAAUGGAAAAAGCAAUUAACAUCGAGACUGAAAAUUGCCCAACGACAAGGCCUGUAUGCGUCUCAAGCGUAUUUAAGUUCAAGCGGAUUCCCUCCAGCAACUUACCAUCCAAUUUUUAGCAGUAUUUACCCAUCGUACAGCAAUAACUUACAAAUUUUAACGGAAAGUAGUAAAAAAGCCACUGACGUACUGUAA